UUAGGCAACAGCAAUGUAAAUUAAAGUAGAAGUAUGAUAGGAAUUCUAAUUAAUUUUGUUUGUUUUGAUUCUCGUUAAAUAAGAGCGGAAAGAUGGAACUUCUUUUGCCUUUAAAACAAAAUUUUAUUUUGGUCUGACCCAUUAAUAACAGAUUCAAAACAUUGUUCGAAUUUCAUAUUAUAGCUAUUUCAUAUUUUGGUCUAACCCAUUAAUAACAGAUUCAAAACACUUCGAAUUUUGUAUUAUAGCUGAGUAACUUAUGAAUAUAAAGAAAAGUACAAUAGUAGUUGAAUAAUAUAUAUGAUAUGAAUGAAUAAGAAGUCUUAGAUGAGUUCUGUGAAAUAUUUCUGUGCCAAUAUUUUAUGGGUUUUAAUUGAAUUUCAAUGGAUGCUGUAAAAAGGGCCAGCUUUGCUUCAAAGCAGGUCAGAGCUGGACCUGCUCCGCUUGCUUCAUUUGAAGAUUUACCAUCAGAUGAAUUGGAAAGUCCUGAAGAAAUUGCUGAGAAUCCUAUUUAUAGGUCUAAUGCUGUUGAAGAUGAGUCUGGUAGUAGCGACGCUCAUUUAACAACUCCCGAUUCAUUAACUAUAUCAUCACAGUCUACUCCUCGUAUUGAGUGUGAGUUUGAUUCUAAUUUUACUCUUACUCCGAGUGAACCUUACGAAGGGCAGUCGUCUUCUGAAUUAAGAACUAUAUCAUUAUCUUCUCUGUCAAAGGAAAGUAGUCUAAAUGUUAAGCCAAAGAAGGGUUCUGCUGUCUCCUUGGGAACAAUUGAAACUCCUGAACCAGAAUAUACUCAGAGAAAAAGUUCUUGGACAGACAUCUUUAAAAGCCAUAAUCAGAAUAAUUUAAAAAGUGAUUCUUCAUCUGAUAAAACUCUUAAAAAGAAGUCCCGUGAAGAAUUGUCAAAUAAAGAUCAGGCAGAAUCCAAAUCAAAAGAAAAAGGAAAGUUUUUGUCUUUUUUUAAGAAGAAAACAAAUAAAAAUGUAAACACUGCUCUUUCUCCUGAUGAUUUUAUUAUAUCUAGUGAGAUUGUUAAUAUAACAGAACCAGAAGAAAUUUUUACUCCUAAAAUUACUAAUGGAAAUAUACCUAAAGGUAAAGAGAAUGAGUUGCCCAAUAGCAUAGAAGUUAGUAAUAACAUUAAUAUAGUUGAAGCACAAAACGAUUUGGGAAAAAUUAAUAUUGAAAAAAAUGACAGGAUACCUGAUGAACGCAAAAUAAAUCGCAAGCUUAUAAAUAUCUGCGAGAAACCUUUGGAGAAAGAAUAUAAUAUUCUGUCUCAACCAGAGUUUAAGCAGCUUGAUAAAGUAUCAAAAACUGAAAACAUUCAAGCUAUUGUGCAUAAUAUUGACCAAGAAUCUUCAGAAUCUGAAUUGGCAUUUGAAGAAAAAGAUGAAACUCUCUCUAUAUCAGAAGUUGAAAAGAAAGAGGAAGCUGAAACUGAUUACGAAGCUGAAACACUUUUAACUCCUGAUAUUUCUGAGAUAGAGGAAGACCAAGUCAUUGACUUACAGCCUGUUUCAUAUGAAAUUUCUAAGCAAGUCCUGAUGCCAUCCAGGCAACAGAGGCUGGAAGUUACAACUAAGCCUAUUGACAGACCGCGCAGCACAACUCCUAUAAAUGCAGCAACGUUGGAGGCUUUCAUCCACUCAGCAUCUCCAACAUCUCAAAUUAAUGUUGAGAAAAUAAAGUUGUCCUUACCAGGAGAGCAGUUCCUGGGACGAGUCAAAAGUCCUAAAAAAUCUGCUGUUAAAAGUUGGAGUGACUUUUGUGAAAAAGGACUUAGUCCACGAAUGUACAAGCGAAAUGAUAUUGAUGACGGUGAAAGCUUAUUUUCCCCAUUUGAGGGUGCUAAUUUUCCAUCUGAAAAUGUGCCAUUCACAGACUCUGAUCCUAAUUGGGCAGCUUUUGAGUCUGGUUUUGCAUGCUCAGAUAAUAAUAAUAGAUUUAGUGACAAUUUUAGUUCUAUCAAAGAAUUUGAAUUUAGUACAGAUUUGAAUGAUCAAAUACCCCAAAAAGUUUCUGAUCCAUAUCAGCCGUUUGAAACUAAUUUCUCUCCAUGCUCGUGUGAGUGUCAUAAGCAAACCCUUGAUCAAACUGACAGUGGACAAAUUCCAAGCACAGAAAUAGAUCAAAAAAGUUGUUCUUCUUGCCAAUGCCAGUUAGAAAUGAAAGGAUUUGACAACUUCAAGUCUGAUUUUUCUAGUAACUUGAAUAACUGUGAUGUUGCCAAUAUUGAUACUGUGGUUCUAAAAUGAGGGAACUUCCAGAGCUAAAGUCCUUGUCUAGUUAUAUUUUACCAAAUGACAAAGAGAGAGUCUUCUAACAUUACAAAUUUAUAUAUUGCUUACUAAUAUGGCAAGAAAGUAUUUUUUCUGAAUCUAAAGUUUAUAAAAUUGUAAUAAAACUGUACAAAGAAAUUAACCUAUGAAAUAAUGUUAUUUAAAAAUUACUGUAGUAUUCUAAGUCCAGUGUAUUAAAAGAUUAUGACAUGUUUAAGUUAUGCUUAAAAAUAAACAGUAAACUUUCAUUGGAAGCUUUAUUAAGUCAUAGUAUUUCUUUAUUAUUAUUAUUAAUAAUUUAACUUUUUUGUCAUAAUUUAUUUUGUAAUUGCUCAUUGUAAUUGCUUGUUGUUACAGUCUUAUUGUCUCUAACAACAAUAAGCCAAAUGUUUAAUUUCACUUGUGAUUGAUAAUUUUAACAACCAUUAUAUUUAUGCAUUGCUGCUCUUUUGCUUUGUUUAAAAUAUAUUGCUAUACAUGCUAAUCAAUUGUUAGAGUAGUAGGUAUUUUAGUUUUAGAACUAGGCCAUUCUAAUUUAUCAAACAUUUAAUUUUAACCAUGAAACUUAUAAUAUCUACAUUGUCUACAUUUUAAUAAUAGGUAGAAAGCUUCAAGUGCAACUAAUAUAUAUUUUGGUUGUCUUUAGUUUUUUUAUUAAAAUAGAUUUUUAAAAACUUGCCAUUAAUAUGCACAAGUGUUUGAAAUUUUCUAAAAACUAUUCUUCUUUCAUAUUGUAGAGAUUAUAGUUUUUAAAAUAUUUUUCUUCUUGCCAUUAUAGUUAAAAUUUAUACCUCUGUCCAAAUGAUUCCUGCCAAUUUAGCGUGCAUUAAUAAUAUAAACUUUGCAAAUUCUGAACUAAAAAAGUUUUGUUGCAUAUUUUCUUAUUGUAAUGAAGUUCUUGAAGCAUUUUGAAUUUAAUAAUUUUGAACAUGUUCCUAAAAUCAUAUAAAAAAUAUAAUUAAGUAUGUAUUAAAACAGUAUUUUCAACCAUUUCAGUUUUUCUGUAAUUUCUAUAUCAGAGAAGUUAAGUUUUGACUAAUUAUCUUGAUUUUUAUCCAUUUUGGGAGUUUAUAAUUUUUAAUUUCCUCUAGAAUUUUUUAAAAAUCUUUUGAUAAUUCUUUGACAGAAUUACCUUUUAAGUUCAAACUCAGUUUAUAAUCCUUUUCCACAGCAUUUUUGAGCAUUUCAAUUGAAUAAAUUUACUCAUUAAUUCUUAAUUAGUAAGAGUAAGCUGAUGAAACUAAUUGCUUUAAUAUUGUAUAUCAAAGUGAUGAAAAGAGACAUAAUUAUAAAUCUUCAAUUAAUAAAAAACAACUAUCAAUUCAAUGUUAUGUUGAUUAAUGUGUUCAAGUUAUUUUAAAUUUUUUUUUAUUUGUGUUUGUUUUUUGGUAAAAAGUAAAUAGUUUUUAAACUAAUAUAGUAAUUUUUUUCUCGCAUUUUAUGAAGUCUACCAUAAAAUAAAUGUUUCAAGUGUUUGCUUUUACUUAAGGUAAAUAAAUGAAGGUUUUUAUUCUGUAUUAGUUAAUUGUUCAUUUGCUUAUUAAAUACAUAUGCUUGCCUUAAUAUUAUAAAAUUAAUUAUGAAUUUUAAAGAAAUAUACUAAUUGUAUUCUAAAAAUCAGAAUACAUUGAUGUUAAAAUCAAUGCAUAAAUUCUAAAUCAUGGCAAUAACAAAACAAAACAAAAAGAAGUCUGGAGUAUCAAUUGUUAAAAGAAAAUGUUUUCUUCUUUUCUUUUUACUGUUUGGCUUAUUUAUCUAGAUCAUUAUCUCAUAUCACUCACCAUUAACGCUAGAAGGGCGGCUGGUGCCAUUUUAGCCCCUUUGUGUUUUUUAUUGUUUUGUAAUUCAAAAUAUAACUUACUGAAAAUAUUGAGUAUUUCUGACUUUUUAUAAUUUGAUCCAAUUUAUGUGCCUAUUUAAUCCGUAUGCGUUAUCCUUACAGGAGCAUAUAUAUAUGAACCUUAUACUUAGAAUAAUGGGAGAGGUCGGAGUAACCCCUAUGGUAUUUUGUUUCGUACAGCAUAACUCCAGGUAGGUUUUGGUGCAAGGUUCCUCUUUUGUAGGUAUAAGGUACCCCAAUUUUAUUUUUAAAAGAAAGAUACAAGUAUUUCGACCUAUCUUCAAUUAUUAUUUAUGUAUAGAAGGAAACUCAAUUAUUUAAGAAACUAUUGUAUGAGUAUAAUUGAUAAAUCGGUGUUCCAUUUAAUCAAAUAUUUUCCCUCGUUAAAUCAAAUUAAUUACCAUAGAUUUUUGAUAACCGAGUCAAAUAUAUUUCUUAUUAAAUUAAUUAUAAUUAUAUUUUAAGAUUUUUUCAAUGUCGAAUAGAACUACUCACAAACAAUCAGAGAAAGGCUAGACUGGCCCGUUCAGACAGUCUUUCUAGUGUUAAUAUAAUAUUAAUAGUUUAUGUAUCUUUAAGAAGUUUU